AUGCCUUGUUUCAAAGAAUCAACACCAGAACAAUCUGCCAAUCAAAAUAUCAACAAACAGUUGGCCAAAGAUCAUGAGAAGCAAAAAUCAGAAAUUAAAUUGUUGUUGUUGGGAGCAGGAGAGUCUGGGAAGUCAACCAUCUUCAAACAAAUGAAAAUUAUUCACCACAAAGGUUACACUCCUGAAGAAUGCCUCAGAUUCAAGGAUGUUAUUUAUGGCAAUACAUUACAAUCCAUUAGAGUAUUGAUUGAAGCCAUGACAACUCUGAAUCCACCAGUUCAAUUUGCAAAUUCUUCAAAUAUUGAGCGUGCAGAAAAGUUCACACGAAUUCCUGAACAACAAAUUAUUCUUAAUGCAGCAAGUAUAAUCUCACCAGAGGUUGGAAAAGAUAUUAAAAUGCUGUGGUCAGACGCUGGUAUUCAGCAGGCAUAUAGCAGACGAAGUGAAUUCCAAUUGAAUGACUCAGCAGCAUAUUACUUGAAUGAUAUUGAACGAUUGACAAGCCCAAACUAUCAACCAACACAACAAGACGUCCUUCGUUCCAGAGUUAAAACCGUCGGUAUUGUGGAGGCUGAUUUCACAAUCGACGGAUAUAAAUUCAAGAUGAUUGACGUAGGUGGUCAACGUAACGAAAGAAGAAAGUGGAUUCACGUCUUUGACGAGGUGACCUGUAUCGUUUUCGUUACUGCUCUUAGCGAAUAUGAUCAACAAUUAUUUGAGGAUAAGGAAAUGAAUAGAAUGCAAGAAUCUUUGACCUUAUUUUCUGAAAUUUGUACCUCUCGUUAUUUUAAAACAACUCCAAUUAUUAUCUUUUUCAACAAGAAUGACUUGUUUGAAGAGAAAAUCAAAGUGAAAGAUUUGAGCGCUUGCUUCAGUGAAUAUACAGGAGGCCGAGAUGUUGAGAAAGCAAGACAAUUUAUCAUCAACCAAUUUAUGAGUCGGUCUGGUGCUGCUAAGAGCGCCACUUCCAAACAAGGAAGGCAAGUGUACAAUCAUGUCACCUGCGCCACAGAUACAGGGAACAUGAAGAAAGUUCUUGACGAUGUGAAAAAUACUAUCCUGAUUGACCACAUGAAACAAUUGAACAUGAUGUAA